AUGGAGUCCACCAACCGAUUCAUGAUUGGCGUUUUUGGCCCUACAGGUACUGGCAAGACUAAAUUAGGAGUCUCUAUAGCCAAGUCCAUCUAUGGCCAAGUCGUCUCAGUCGAUAGUCUGCAGUGUUACUCCCCCGGGAGUAUUGUCACUGCUAAGCCUACUACUGAGGAAACGGAUGGAGUCGACCACCAUAUGAUCGGAUAUUUGGAGGCCAACGAAGAGCCAACCAGUUUUGUGGCAGAAGCGAUCGAAAGAUUGGAGGAACUCCGUGACCAUGAGGCCAUACCUGUGGUCGUUGGAGGCUCAACAUCGCUCACUUUGCCUCUCCUGCGCGAUGCUUUGAACCGGGGAUGGCGUAUGGCUGCUAUCACUCUGCUGCCUCACCAGUCCACGUAUCUAAGCAACAUCAAAUCCAGACUGGAUGACAUGGUGGAGGCAGGCCUUUUGGAAGAACUUUCAGGCCUAAAAGUCCUCGAAGACAAGCAUCUGAACGGAAAGCCCGACUUUCACAAGGGUAUUUGGAAGGCCAUUGGUUAUCAGGAGUUGUACCCAUAUCUGGCGGCUCGGAAAAUGGACGUUCAUUGUGAUCAGCUUCUCAAGUCUGGGCUAGCCUCGAUGAAAGCAAAUACCUUUCAAUAUGGGAUUACGCAACUCGAAUGGAUUCGCCAGGUACUUUGUCCGUUUUUACACGCUGAGAAAAUUGCCAACAUGAGCCUUACGGUUGUUGACAAGACAUCUUGGAUCUUGGACGUUGGGAAACCUGCAAUUCGAAUGGCGAGCGAUUUCUGCCAUGCUUCAACUUCGAUCAGUUUCCAUUCUAUCAACGGAUCUAACCCUCGGGUUUUAUGUAUCUUUGGUGGCUCGUCAUCUGGUAACGACCCGGCCCAUAUCGAAGCUGCCAAGUCACUUGGCAGAAUCUGUCACGAAAACAACAUCAAGAUUGUGUACGGAGGCGGCACAACUGGAGUGAUGGGCGCAAUCGCAAGCACUCUCGUUGACCUUUCUGGGCCUGAUGCUGUGCAUGGUAUCAUCCCAGAGGCACUACUCAAAUACGAAGCCAAAGAGUCGGGCAGACAUCCCAAGGAUCCUGCUUACGCCAGAUACGGUAAGCAAACCGUUGUUAAGGAUAUGCAUACUCGGAAGCGCUUGAUGAUCCAAGAGGUAAUCACUGGGGGCGAGGGAAGUGGUUUCGUUGGACUGAGUGGUGGCUAUGGCACUCUCGAAGAGCUCUUUGAGGUAGUCACCUGGCAUCAGCUAGGUAUCCAUGACCGUGGUGUCUGUCUACUAAAUACGGGCGGAUUCUUUGACGGGCUCGUCAAUUGGCUAGGCAACGUGGUUCAGGAGGGGUUCAUUGGCCUAGAAGAUGCUUCAGUUCUUAGCAUUGCUAGUACAGCCGAGGGGGUCGUCAGGUGCCUGGUUCAGACACCCGAGUUUUCUCGAAAGGGUGAACUAGAAUGGGUUUAG